GGCAAGGCUUGGUAGGGACGACCAUACAUAGCAUAGCCCUGAGAAGCGAAGAGUCAGUGCAAUUCAUUAUCAGUUCUGUAUCAAACUAUAUAAAACUCUGCUAAGCCUUUUAUUUUGUGUGUUACACUCCAAUUUUUUAUUAUGUGUGGAGAAUGACGACAUUUUGGUGCACGUGCACGGGUAAGGCAUACGACAAGUGGGACUCCACCGUUAUUUCAUCAUUAUAAUAACAAUCUCAAGCACUGCUCUAGCAUUUUAUUUUCGGGGUUCCAGAGAGAAGUGACAAGAAUAUAGACCCCUCCUCUGAAGGGCGGAGCGUGCAUUUUUAUUCCGAUUUAGUAUUUUUUUGCUCUGACACGUCUGCACUGAGUGAGUGGCAUUGGCACACUGUCAAUCGCUCACUACCGCUGCCAUCAAACAACAUAAAGCACACAGGCAGAGGCUCGGGCUCAUAAAUUUCAGCAGGCAGAUAUUUUUGCGCAUCGCUUUAAAGCGUGUAGCCUAAUUAAUUUCUCGCUGUUAUUUUUUCUAUAAUUUUUCCACUAACGCUAUUAACUUUUUCUACAUUUCAUAUUUUUAUUUUUGCAUUUGGCUACCAAUGCCGCUAAUGAUUUAUUUAAUUUGCAGUUAUCUUGGAAAUAAUUGCUAUACAUUUACAGGUAGAAGGUACUCAUUUACUACCUAAGUGUUGUAUUUUGUUUUUAAUUGUUGUUGUUUUUUCAUUCACUUGCUCAUUGCUUUAUUUCACUUUGGAUAUUUUUCGCGCUCACAAUAAUGUGGAUUUGAACAUUUACAAGAGGAAUUGCAAGAGGAAACAUAAUCAAAAGAAGACCGCUAAUAAAUGAGAGAUCAGCAAGGAUCAGCAAUACCCAACACGUCAAAUCUAAAGAGAAAGACGAAUUGACAAGAGGAUACGAGGGACAGCGGCUGUCAUUUUGACAAAGAAGUUUUGAAGAAUUAUAGCUUAUGCAUUUUCGGACACAAACAUUCAUAACUACACACACUUCGGACCGUAAAUAAACAAGAUAAUAAGAAAGUGAUUACAUGGACACGCGAUAUUGAUACCAUCACUGGUACUCACCUAUUUAUUUUUUCUUAUCCGCGUAAGCGCAAUAUCACCAAUAUUCAGCUCCUUAACGCAACACAUGUACUAGUAGUUUUUGUAUGUGAGUUUUUCAAGCUAAAUUUCCGUUUGUGUGGCUUAGUGCAUUGAUUCUGUUGCGGCUGACUAUGGACGAACAAGCCCGGAUCAUGCAGGCUCUCGGCGGUGUCAGCUUGGCUGGCCACUCCGUACAAGGAGGCAUGGGACUGCAGCCUCCACAUGGACACGAUGGGACAGAUGAUGGGCGAAAACAAGAUAUCGGUGACAUUCUGCAUCAAAUAAUGACCAUUACUGACCAAAGUCUGGACGAGGCGCAAGCAAAAAACAGGAAACAUGGACUGAACUGCCACAGAAUGAAACCUGCACUCUUCAGCGUCCUCUGCGAGAUCAAAGAGAAAACUGGCCUCAGCAUCCGUGGUUCCCAGGAGGAGGACCCUCCUGACCCCCAGCUCAUGCGCCUGGACAACAUGCUGCUGGCGGAGGGCGUGUCAGGACCAGAGAAAGGGGGUGGAUCAGCCGCUGCAGCCGCUGCAGCUGCAGCCUCGGGCGGGGCCUCAGACAACUCCAUCGAACACUCAGACUACAGAUCCAAACUCACCCAGAUCAGACAGAUCUACCACACAGAGCUGGAGAAAUACGAACAGGCGUGUAACGAGUUCACCACCCAUGUGAUGAACCUGCUGAGGGAGCAGUCCCGCACGCGACCCAUCUCUCCCAAAGAGAUCGAGCGCAUGGUGGGGAUCAUCCACCGCAAGUUCAGCUCCAUUCAGAUGCAGCUCAAACAGAGCACCUGUGAGGCCGUCAUGAUCCUGCGCUCCAGAUUCCUUGAUGCCAGGCGGAAAAGAAGAAACUUCAGCAAGCAGGCGACGGAAAUCUUAAACGAGUAUUUCUACUCGCACCUCAGCAACCCAUAUCCCAGUGAAGAAGCCAAAGAGGAGUUGGCCAAGAAGUGCAGCAUCACAGUAUCCCAGGGGGUGGGAAGCACCAUCACAGUAUCACAGGUAUCCAACUGGUUCGGCAACAAGAGAAUCCGGUACAAGAAGAACAUAGGCAAGUUCCAGGAAGAAGCUAACCUGUACGCUGCUAAGACUGCAGUAACAGCAGCGCAUGCAGUGGCCGCCGCAGUGCAGAACAGCCAGACCAACUCCCCUACCACACCCAACUCCGGAUUCCAGAUGAAAGAUGAAGAAUUUCAGCUGGACUCUGCAGAGAGCAAAAACACUCUUUUAACCAACAUGUUUACUGGUUCUUCAGGUUCUUUUAACCUCCCAAACUCUGGGGACAUGUUCUUGAGCAUGCAGUCUCUGAAUGGGGAUUCUUACCAAGGGGCACAAGUCGGAGUCAAUGUGCAGUCACAGGUGGAUACCCUGCGCCAUGUUAUCAGUCAGACGGCAGGAUACAGUGAAGCUCUGGGGGGGAACACUAUGUACAGCCCAAAUGGCUUGAAUGCUAAUGGGGGAUGGCACGAUGCAAUGACUCCAUCUUCUGUAAUCUCCCCGACAGAAGGACCUGGAAGUGUGCACUCUGAUACCUCGAAUUGAUCUGUUAUCGAUGCAUCUGAUCCCCAAGCUGUAGAGCGUGAACUUUCAAUGACUGACCAACCAGAGAGGAUAAACAAAACUUUUUUUCAGAACUAAUUGUCUGCUACAUCUACCAGAGUCCUCAACCCCCCUCACAAUGAUGUUCUACAAUAUGGACACCUGAUGUUUUCUUGGUAGUUCAGUGAAGUCUUCGCUCAAACUCCAUCAGUCUCAUGAUUAUAUUUCACCAUUUCUCUAUUUUAUGUCUGUCAUUUGAAGGGGUAAGCACAUACAUGUACCAAUCAAACAAGGCCCAGAUGUUUAUUGCGCAACAUUCAUUUCAAUUGACAAUUGAUUUAAGAAGUGAUGUUCCCCAAGCUGAAUUUCUUCCUAAGUGGAUGGCAUUUGGUGUUGUCAUAUGCAUUCUAAAAUGUUUUGGUUUUGAAAUGCAAUAUAUAUCAUUUUUGUUUUGUUUUAGAUCAGCUAAUUCCCUUGGUAUCUUACCUACUGUAUAUUGACUAACAAAGUAGCAGUUCCAUCACUGAAUGCAAGGAGUGCAGCAAAUAAGAAAUGCUACUGUUGUAAACUCACUGGCAGCUUGGAAGAGUUGCUUUCAGUAUUAGUUUUGCCUUAUAACCACCAGGUUGACAUGCAGUCCUUUCGUUGACAUGCAGUCCUUUCAUUGACAAGACUAAUGGGAUAACACUGUAUUUUGGGAAAAAAUCUUCAAGCAUAGAAAAUUACAACUUUAAAUAGGUUAACAUUCUGUGUGAGGUGAAAGUCAUGUGAUAUUCAAAUGUUAUUUUGGGCUAUUGGUUGAAAUAGUCAUGGGUCUAACAGUAAAUCCAACCAGUUAUAGCACUUCCUUUUGGCAUGUGGCAAGAUACCAGUCACACAAAAUAUGUUGUAUAUAAUAUAGCUUAAGAGUAUUUAUACAUCCCACCAAUCAAUACACAGCUUUAUUACCUCAUUCAAACUCAUAGAAACCAAUAGAUUUUCAACAUUUCUAUAGCUUAGAGUGCUCACUUACUACCUCUAAACAAUAUCACCACCAUAGUUUUUGUCUUUUUAUUUAACAUUUUUAUUUAGUGGUUUUGAUUACAUCUUGUAAUAAACUCUUUGUUUUUGUUCAUGUAAUCUAAUGUAUAUUUUAAUCUUAAAAAAAGAAUGUUGCUUUAUUGCAACUUCAAAAAGACAAAAACAAGAAAAUGUAUGAUGUUAACAACAAUAAUAUUAAUACUAAGAAUAAUGAGAAAAAAAGUCAUUUUUAAAAUAAGAGGGAGAGGUGCAAAAUUGUUAAUUGGUGGAUUUUGAGGGAGGGGCUAGGAGAAUGUUGGUCAUAAAUUAACACCAAACAGUAAAACUGUUGUAAAUACUGAAGAACAUUUUGAAUGUUGCUCAUCUUGUUACUAAUUCACACAAAAAAUAAUUAUUAAAAACUGUAAUACAUAGAGGUUUCAGUUUUCAGAACUGUACAUUUCAAGCUCUGUUUGACAGGGUUCAAACUUUCUUUCUCUUUUUUGUAUUGUAUGUGAUUCUGAAACUGAUAAAGUCAUGGAAAAUGAUUUGUGGCAGUGAUUCUAACGUAUUAAAAAUGUUUAGUGUUUCUUUCUAACCCGACUACACCCUGGACUGAAAAGUCUUCCUUGUGGUAGUUCUGUGUAAUUUCAAACAUGAAUAAACGUUUUGCUUUAAAAAUUGAAA